GUGAGUGCAAAAAGUCCAAAGUGUUGUAUCAUGUGUAGGUUUUGUGUGCAUACGGCAGCCUUGUUGUCCGCAAAUGCUUUGUUAAAGUGAGGGAGGGAUACACAAAUCAUUUAUUUAUUUAUUUAUUUGUCAACAUUUUCACACUCACAUGCAUACAUACAUCCAUUUUCUUCAAUUUGCACUUGUGAUCAUCUUUGGCCCCAUUUCAUGUCUUUUAUUGCCUUAUAAAAGUUAAAAAAUAAAGGCCAUAAUUGUGCCAAUCCAAGGGUAAUUUUGUCAAAUUCACACACAUUCUAAUCAAAGUAAAUCUUGAGUUAUUAUACAAACAAAUAAAGAUUGUUUCAUGAAGUUAUGAGUGUGUUUUUGUAUAAUAUAAGAUAUUAAUAAAGAUCAUUAUUUAAAUCUCUCCCUCUAAAAUUAAAGCUUCCAAUCACUCUUUCCACUUCUUUAGCUUCCAUCUAGAAUUAGUGAUAAAGCUUCAAUCUUUACCAAAAACUAUCAAAAACCCACCAUGGAAACAGCCAGAAGAACUUCAUAUGCAUCCAUUUUCUUCAUCUUUCUCACUCUUUCCUGUGUUCUUGACCCGACCCGUUUAGUUCAAGCAUCGGGUCAAGACAACCAGCAGCAACCCAUCAAGAGGAUUGUAGUGUUGGUUCUUGAAAACAGAUCUUUUGAUCACAUGAUAGGGUGGAUGAAGAAAUCAAUCAACCCAAUAAUAAAUGGUGUCACAGGUAAAGAAUGCAACCCAUUUUCAACCAACUUGACCCGGAAAAAUAUCCAACAAACACCACAAGAAUCAUCCAUCUGUUUCACUGACGAUGCCCACUACGUGGAUCCGGAUCCGGGUCAUUCUUUUGAAGAUGUGGAGAAACAGGUAUUUGGGUCCAACCCAUUUCCUUCAAUGACUGGUUUUGUUGAACAAGCAUUAUCAGUUUCAACAAACCUUUCCGAGACUGUUAUGAAAGGUUUCAAGCCUGAAAAUGUGCCAAUUUUUGCUAAAUUGGUUCAGGAGUUUGCAGUUUUUGAUAGAUGGUUUUCAUCUAUUCCGGGUCCAACCCAGCCCAAUAGAUUAUUUGUUUAUUCAGCCACUUCUCAUGGGUCAACAAGCCAUGUGAAAAAACAGUUAGCAAAAGGGUAUCCACAAAAAACAAUCUUUGAUUCACUUCAUGAGAAUGGUAAAGAUUGGGGGGUGUAUUUUCAAAACAUACCCACAACUUUGUUUUAUAGAAAUAUGAGGAAGUUGAAAUAUGUGUUCAAGUUCCAUCAAUAUAGCACCUUUAAACAACAUGCUAAACAAGGUAAAUUACCAAACUUGAGUGUGAUUGAGCCAAGGUAUUUUGACAUAAAGGGGUUUCCUGCAAAUGAUGAUCAUCCAUCACAUGAUGUGGCAAAUGGGCAGAAGUUAGUGAAGGAAAUUUAUGAGACAUUGAGAGCAAGUCCUCAAUGGAAUGAGAGUCUUUUGGUGAUUACUUAUGAUGAACAUGGGGGGUUCUUUGAUCAUGUCAAGACUCCUUAUGUUAAUGUUCCUAGCCCCGAUGGGAACACGGGUCCAGCUCCGUCGUUCUUUAAGUUCGAUCGGUUGGGUGUUCGGGUUCCUACCAUAAUGGUCUCUCCUUGGAUCAAGAAAGGCACAGUGAUAAGUAGCCCAAAAGGACCAGCACCCAAUUCAGAAUAUGAACAUUCUUCAAUCCCUGCUACCAUAAAAAAGAUGUUCAACUUGUCAUCCAACUUUUUAACUCAUAGAGAUGCUUGGGCCGGAACCUUUGAACACAUCGUUAGCCAACUUAACGCUCCAAGAACCGACUGCCCGGAGGUCUUGCCCGAAGCUGCACCGUUGCGAAGAACCGAGCCAGACGAAACAAAGGGCUUAUCCGAAUUUCAGAGUGAAGUGGUUCAACUAGCGGCGGUUCUAAACGGUGACCAUUUCUUGAGCAGUUUCCCAGAUGAAAUGGGGAAGAAAAUGAGUGUCAAAGAAGCUCACACGUAUGUUCAAGGUGCGGUUUCACGCUUCAUAACAGCUAGCAAAGAAGCUAUCAAAUUGGGUGCAGAUGAAUCAGCCAUUGUGGACAUGAGAUCCUCUCUCACCACCCGAACCGUGAUUCGCAACUAACCAUAAGUAAAGAUUUAGAGUAUAUGUAUUUAGUAUUGUUUGUCCUGGUUGUAAGCUAAAAGGUUGGAACCAGAUGAAUGAAGUAAACCAAAAUGGUUUGUAUGUAAACUUUUGCACCAUUUGAAUACAAGCUAUAAGAAAGCAGUAUUUCACUAGAAAGAUCAAAAUAUGUAUCAGAUUUCAUUCAUUGUUGUGCAAAUUUCUUGUUAUUUUGAUAUAGAAACAGGAGACAAUUUGUGAUGAUA